AUGUCGGGCCUAGACCUGUCGCUCGACGAGCUCAUCAAGCAGCAGGCGAAGAAAUCUAAGCCUCCGCAGGCUGCCACACGGGGCAGAGGGUCCGGAAGGGGAGCAAAGCCAGGAGGCCGCGGACAGCAGCAGCUGGGGGUGGCCAAGGGCCGUGGAGGUGGCGGCGUCGCCAAGACCGCGGCGCGGCCCGCACAGCAGCGCAGCCCUCUUACAAGUGGCGGGCGCGGCGGCGGCGGGCGUGGCGGUGGCUUUGUUGCGGGCGCGGGCGCGGGCGGCCGCGGACGCGGCGGCGGGGGCGGCCGCGGCCCAGGCGGCGUGAUCACCGUGAGAAACCCCAACGUGGUGAACACCCGCCACGCGCCGCCGCCAGCCGGCGGCUACGGCCCGCCGGGGCGCCGCACGCAGCCGCCCCCGCCGGCGCAGGCCGCGCACCCCGGCCAGUGGGGCCAGGCCGGCCCUGGGCCGCAGGGCGGCGGCGGCUUUGCGCAGGGCGGCGGCGGCGGGUUCGGCGCCGUGCCGGCCCCUGUGCCGAGCGUCCCAGCCCGCAAAGUGAUCAAAAACAAGAUCUUUGUCUCCAACUUGGACCCCAGCGUCGACGACAAAGACGUCUUUGAAUUGUUCAAGGUCAUCGGGAAUAUCAAGGAGUCGGGGGUGCACUACGACAAGAGCGGCCGGUCGCUCGGCACGGCGCACGUGGUGUAUGAGAGCGCGGAGGCGGCCCUCAAGGCGUACCAGGCCUACAACAACGUGGCCCUGGACAACAGGAAGCUCAACUGCGAGCUAGUGGAGACGGAGCUGCCGCCGGGGACCAUCGCCAAGCUGUCCAGCGGCAUCAACGUGGUCGUGGCGACCAACGGCGGCAUCGGGGGCGGGCAGUUCCUCGCACCCCACAACGGCGGCGGCGAGGGCUUCGGCGGGGGUCAAUUUGGCGGCGGCGGCGGCGGCGGCGGCGGUCAGUAUGGCGGUGGCGGCGGCGGCGCGGGCCAAUAUGGCGGCGGCGGUUACGGCGGCGGCGGCGGUCGUCGCGGUGGGGGCCGCGGCUAUGGCGGUGCCCGCGGCGGGGACAGGGCCCGCGGCGGCUACCAGGGCGGUGGCGGCGGCGGAGGUGGUGGCGGCGGGGGUGGCGUGGACGACAUGCAGGAGUAA